AAAGAAACAUCAACAUAAUCAGCACAACUAAUAAAUACUGGUCACCUUCACUUUGUACUGGUGGAGAAUGGCUCAUAGAAAAUAUUAUCGCACCUCACAACCUCUAUAAAGCUGUUCGCAAAGCGCUAAAAUCAGAAAACUUAUUAUUUAUUGAUCAAUUACUAAAAUACAACAACAAAAUGGUUACCUGGAAAGAAUACAAACAAUAUACUUGUAUGACAAACAAAGGAAAAAAACCAAUUUGGUUUCAAAUAAUUGAAGAUAGAACAAUUAAUCAAGAAAGAAAAGUCAUAAACAAUCAAUGGUCACCUCCAACCUCCAGUAAUCAUCUUAGAAACUAUUCAGUGUGGUCGCCAUUACAACAAAAAUCACCAAUAGACACAAUCCAAUUUGAUGACA